GAGUGACUGAAUGAUGAAAGAGAGUCGUUACUAACGUCGAAGCAUGUUCGAAGAAUUGUAAAACCCUCCUCUGCCUCCACGAGAUAAUAUUGUCCUCAGGUGGUGAGUCUUGGAAGUCAAGGUGCUCGCAUGCAGCUGCAACGGGGAAAGUGGUGGACCUAGUCGAAAUCGGAAUUCUGCCAGAUCAUGCGUCAUUCGCCGACACAAACAUAUAAAUUCAACAUCUUUUCCCUAAACAACUCGAAUAUCCUUAAAACUUGCCCAGACCUUCCACUAUUCGGUUUUGACUCGCCCAGAAUGUCUAGCAGACAGCUACGGAAAUUGCAACAGCAGCGAGAGCUGGAGCAAGCCAAACUCCAAGCUCAGGAAUCGCAAGCCGCAAUUGCUGAGGAAUCCGAAGAAGAGCCAGUCUUACCUACGAAGUCGAAGGCAAGUCUCUUUGCGAAUCUCGCAGAUCUUGAGGAUGAAGACGAUCGAGACGAGUUGGCAGACGAGGACGAGGUCGAUGUUCACGAGGAAGUAAACGAUGCACCGACCCCUCCUCCAGCAGUCAAGAAGGCGAAGAAGUCCAAGAAGAAGAAGAAGGCAAAGAAGAAUGCAAAGGACAAAUUGCAAGAAAACGAAGAUGAUGGAGGCGAUUCAGAAGAUAUCGAUGCAGUCUUACGAGAGCUGGACCUAAAGGAAUCGAGAAAGCCUGCAUCAAAUCAAGACACGAAACUCCAGGUCGACCCAGAGUACGAAAGAGUAUGCGCUCUGCUUAGUAUUGGCAGCCAACAUCUCAAAGUUGCAAAUGAGAUGCGAAACUUAUUUGGAAAGGACUUCUCGACCGUCGAUGCAGAUGAGGAGAACCAACAAACAGUUCGUGGUGCGAGGACAAGACGUCGUGGCCAAAACCAGCGCGUUGACUUGGAGACUGCAUUGAAAGGCCAACAUGCGCCAGGAAAGGGACUCUCCAGCCUUACGAUACGUCGAAAUGCAUUGAUCGAGGGGAAGCAAGACUGGCCAAGAUCUACUACUGGAGGAUUGACUAUGGUAGUUACUGAUGACAAGUCAGAUGAUGGAACGGUCGAGUUCAAGUUUGUACACGACUAUCAGUAUCAGGUCAUACAACGUGCCUUUUCAGCGCUUGUCGAUAUGGGAGAUCCCGAGCAUCUGAUCGGUCUUCUUGUAAAGAAUCCCUACCACAUUUCCACCCUCCUCCAAGUCAGCAAGAUUGCCAAAGACCAAGGAGAUCAUGCCUUGUCGUCGGAUCUCUUAGAGAGGGCUUUAUUCUCUUUUGGACGAGCUGCUACUUCAGUCUUCAAUACCAAACUAUCUCAAGGCAAAGCACGGCUCGACUUUGCUCGUCCUGAGAACAGAGAGUUUUGGCUUGCCGGAUACCACUACAUCAAGUCUCUUAUCAUGAAAGGCACUUAUCGAACUGCGCUGGAAUGGUCAAAGUUGCUUCUAAGUCUUGAUCCAGAGAGCGAUCCUUAUUGUAUGCGACUGAUCUUCCAUCAACUUGCUCUAAGAGCCGGCGAGAAUAAGUGGCUUCUUGAUGUCGGAGACAGCGAUAUCCCAAAGAUCUGGUCACCAGAACUAGUUGGCCAGAUUUAUGCGGCAUCCCAUACAACUCCUUCUCUCGUCCUGGCUGCUGUCAACCUCAAACAGACUACGAAAUGUCGAGAGCUGUUGUCAGAUUCGAUGCAAAAGCUUCCCUGGCUAUUUGUUAGUUUGUUCAAGGAGAUAUCACUUGAAGCACCAAAGAGUAUCUGGGGUAUCAUGCCGCGCAAUGAUGCUGAGACACUGUUCACGGAACUCUACAUCUCCCAAACGAAAGAGAUGUGGAAUACACCCGAAAUCACAGCCUUGCUCAUGGAGGUUGCUCACACCAUUCCCAAGGUCGACGUCUCUACCAUUCCCAAGAUUGAAAACAAGGAGAUGACACUUGAUGUUGUACGAUUUAUCUAUCUCGAGAACAACCCCGCCAUGAUGCGUCUUGUUCCUAGCUCGCUGCUCCACAGAGACAACAACUCAGAUUCUGAUCCACUGCCUCCUGAUGUUAACGUCUACUCAUACGAACAUCAGCGCGUCCACGUUGAAGGCCGCAGAGGAAGAAAUGGGGGUGCCUUUGCAGACGGUUACGAUCCACUUGCAGCUCUUGGCCGCCUGAUUCCGAAUUUUGGGCUUGGUCAAGGUCAAGGCCAUGAAAUCGAUGACGAUGAAGCCGUCGAUAUUGCUGCUCUGAACGCAAGAUUGCGGGAGAUGGCAGGUAUGCACCCAGACGACGUCGGUGAAGACUCCGAACAUGAGGAACGCAGCGUACGAAUUUAUCGACCUCCUGAGGGUCUAGUCUCAAGAGUGCUCAACAUGCUUUGGGGUAGGACGGCCGUCGAUGAGGAUGAGAGUGAGUAUGAUGUUGUCGACCCUAAUUCAGCUGAGCAUGAGCAUGGAGGAGAGGAAAGUGAGGAUGAGAUGCCGGAUCGGGUAGAAUAGUCAGCUUGAUAUCAGGAUGUAUUGAAUACUGUAGAUUAGACAUUGGACAUCGGCUCCCCUAGGAUCUUCAAGAUCACCAUUGCCAAAACGCAAUAACUCUCUCAGCUUCUCCCUU